GCAAAAUGGCGUCUCGUAGCCAUGUGGAUGUCAGUGAAAGAAGAUUGAGGCCUGUUUAUGAUAAUUUGGAUAACGGAAACAAUAAGAAAGCUGUUCAAGAAGCUGAGAAAGUGUUAAAGAAGCAGAAAGAUUUCCAAUGUGCAAAAGUGUUAAAGGCCCUAGCUCUAUUGAGACUUGGAAGACAAGAAGAAAGUUCUGUUAUUUUACAAGAAGUUCAUUCUCAACAUCCUACAGAUGAUGCAACAUUACAGGCUAUGUCUAUUUGUUACAGAGAAGUCCAUAAAUUGGAUAUGAUAGCAGAUCUGUAUCAAAACGCCUAUAAUGAGAAACCUGAUAAUGAAGAUAUAUUGUCCGCAUUAUUUAUGGCUCAUGUUAGACUUGGAAACUACCAAAAACAGCAACAAACAGCUAUGUUAUUACAUAAACUGAAACCUAAUAAAAAUCCUUAUUAUUUCUGGGCUGUGAUGAGUAUAGUCAUGCAGGCUCAUACAGCACCAGAUAAAAAGUUAUCUGAGAAGAUGUAUUUACCAUUAGCUGAAAGAAUGACCAGUAAAUAUAUUAAAGAUGAUAAAAUAGAAGCUGAAGCAGAGGUGAUGUUAUAUCUGAUAAUAAUAGAAUUAUUAGGAAAAUGGCAAGAAGCUGUGGAAUUGUUAGAAGGUCCUCUUAGUCAAAAGUUUGUUAGUGAAUUCAAUUUUAAAGAUACCAAACUUGGAGAGCUUUAUAAGAAGUUAGAAAACUGGUCCAAGGCUAACAUUGUCUAUAAAAGGUUAUUGAAAAAUAGUCCAGAUCAUUGGCAGUAUUGGUUAGAAUAUUUAAAUUCAGCUAUAUUACUUAUACAGUCUUCAGAUUCACAUAAACAGAAUGGAACAACAGAGAUAGAAGUUGAAAGUGCUGAUGAUACAGUAGAGAAGAUACUAGAGUUAAUUAAUGAGUUAUUGUCUAAAGGUUGUUCACCUGGUAUAUAUAAUAGAGGACCAUUCUUAGCUAAAAUACAGUUAAUUAUAUUAUUAGAAAAAUCAGAUGCUGAAAAAAGUAAAGAUAUUGGCUCUGUUGCAGGUUUGUUAGUGCAAUAUUUUGAGAAGUUUGGUGAUCGGUCUUGUUGUUUUGGUGAUUUUACAUUAUUUCUGGAUAAAUUAACAGAUUCCCAGAAACUUCAAGUAUUUAACAGUAUUAAUGAAUCAAUUUUUGAAAAACCAGAAACCAAAGUGUAUGCAGAUAACGUAAGUAUUAAUUUGAUAGCACGGCAAGUAAAACUACUACAGAGACAUCUAAUAGUUUUACAAGUUGAAAGAUAUUUAGGUUAUUUACAUCCAUUAUCUAUAGAAGAUAAACUAAGUAGAGUACAAGAUUUAAUAGAUAGAUAUAGACAAGGCUUACAAUUUGGUGAUAAACUACUCUCAACUGAUUUACAAUAUAGUGAUAAUUAUUUAAUACUAGCUGUGCAUUUAUUAGUAGAUUUAUAUACACAAACUGGUAAAGAUGACUAUAUAUGGCAAGCAUGUAUACAGCUAGAACAAUGUAUUAAAAACAGUCCAUCUAAUUUUCAAGCUAAAUUAAUUCUGUUACGUUUAUAUUGUACAAUGGGUGCUUUUGGACCAUGUCCAGCUCUGUAUGAUAGUAUAGAAGUUAAACAUAUAAUGAAUGAUUCUUUAGGUCAUAUUGUGUUUAAUCAUGUUGGUAGACUAGGUCAUUUUGUAUCAGCUUGUGCUAGAUAUGGUUCUAUGUUACGAUUUUUUACUGUUAAUCAUAAAGAAACGACAGAUUACCUCAUAUCUUCCUAUAAAUAUGGCUCUUUUAGUAAGAUAUAUGAAUUUGUUAAGUUUCGAGAAAGGUUACAGAACUCAAUACAGUUUGCCAGUGCUACAGCAGAACGUUUAUUACUUGAUCUCAUCUUAGAAACAACUAGUCAUCCUGUUACAGAACAAAUGAUAAAUUAUAUGGAAAUUAAUCCUGUUCAAGAUAAAACUAAUUUUGAAGAAUUAAGAGAUAAUCGUGACUAUAAAGUUAUGCUCAAUUGGGAUGCUCCAUCCAUAUGUAAUGUUGAGGAGUUACAAAGUAAAUCAUUUGAAGAAGAAAAGUGUUGGUUAAAAUUGCGGAAUUAUUUGUUAAGAAUGUUGGCAGCUGCUGUGAUAAUAGGAGAAAAUAGUGACACAUCAAAUUGUCUCAUGAAAAAUGGUGUGUCAGAAAAUGACAAGCCACCCAUGAGCCAAACCUUACAAGAAUUAUCAGCAAAUAUAGAAAAUUUUAUUGAAGAUUGUGUUGUAUAUAAAGAACAAUAUCAGGUACUCUUUCUUACUUUAAAAUAUUCUGAUAUUAUUUAG